UCAGGUCAUUUUAUUAAAAAAAUAGUGCGAAAUUAAAUUUGGGUUACCCGUCCCAAUGGAUUUACUUCAAAAUUCAUCAGUCGAAAGUGCCCAUCUGAUCUUUUCUCUUUCUGUUUAGUACCAAUUCUGCAAUUCAUGCCUUAAGCUUGCACGCGGUGGAAAAAGUAGAGUUGAGGAAAUCCUUUUCUGCAAGGUUCAGCUGUUUCACAAGCCAGUUUAACGGAGAUAGGCAAUGUUAAACUUCUCAAUUCCUAUUAUAUAUUCCGAUUUGCCAUGCGCUUUCCGACAAACCUCUGGGGUUCAGAGCUCCCAAGCUUGAGCUUGAGAAUCAAGGAAUCAUCACGUGUUGGGAAAUGGCUAGACGUGCUAUCUCACUAUCGGGAGAUGCAGAGAUAUGGAGUUGAACCAUCAGAUCCUUCAGUGUACCCUCUCAUUCUCAAAGCAUGCUUGAACCUCUCCUCCAGAUAUGGGAAACCCAUGCAUGCACAUUUGAUCAAGCAAGGUUAUGAUUCAUUUGCUUCCAUUGGGAAUUCCAUUAUGGACUUUUACUUGAAAUGUGGGCACUUGGAAUCUGCAUUGGGUGCUUUUCAUUGCAUGCAAAACAGAGAUUCUAUUUCGUGGAAUAUUAUUAUUUAUGGGCACCUUAAUCAACGUGUUGUUGAAGAAGGUCUAAGGUGGUUUAAUAAGGCUAGGGUAGCUAGGUUUGAACCAAAUACCUCCACAUUAGUGCUUGUAAUUCAGGCAUGCCGCAGUAUUGGAGCUUAUUCUGAAGGUUUAGAAGUUCAUGGAUACAUGAUUAAGAGUGGAUUAUGUGCCAUUGAUUCUAUUCAAAACUCCAUGUUGAGUAUGUACGUGGACAUAGACUUGGGGAGCGCACGAAAGCUUUUUGAUGAAAUGUCCAAUAAAGACGUGAUCUCUUGGAGUGUGAUGAUCGAGGGUUAUCUGAAAAGUGAGGAAGCAGAAAUUGGCUUGAAGUUGUUUCGUGUAAUGGUGUCUGAGGAUGGGAUCCAACCGGAUGGUGUAACUGCAGCAAGUGUUCUAAAGGCCUGUGGAAGAUUAAAAGAUAUUCAUAUGGGAAAGUUGGUACAUGGAGUAGUGAUCAGAAGAGGAGACAAUGAUGAUUUGUUUAUAGGGAACUCCUUAAUUGAUAUGUACUCUAAGUGUAAAGAUGUUGGUUCUGCCUAUCAAGUUUACAGGGAGAUGUCUCGAAAGAACAAUGUUUCAUGGAAUUCUAUCUUAUCUGGAUUUGUCCUCAAUGAGAGGUAUUCAGAAGCUUUAUGGUUGUUUAAUUCGAUGGCGGAGGAAGGAGUUGAGGUAGAUGAGGUGACUCUCGUGAAUUUUCUUCAAAUAUGCAAAUAUUUUGUGCACCCAUCCCAGUGCAAGUCUGUUCAUUGUGUAAUAAUCCGACAGGAGUAUGAAUCAAAUGACUUAGUCAUAAAUUCUUUAAUUGACGCUUAUUUGAAGUGCAAUCUUGUUGAUCUUGCAUGGAAUCUUUUUAAUGGCUUGAAGGGAAGGGAUGUGGUGUCAUGGAGCGCGAUGAUAGCUGGGUUAGCUUACUGUGGCAAGCCUGAUGAGGCAGUCAGGGUCUUCAGUGAGAUGAGCAAAACACAGGAGAAGCCCACUGUCAUUACCAUCAUAAACCUUCUUGAAGCAUGUUCUGUUUCAGCUGAACUGAGAAGGUCAAAAUGGGCCCAUGGAGUUGCAAUCAGAAGAGACAUGGCAGCCGAUGUAGCUGUUGCAACUGCAAUUGUUGAUAUGUAUUCAAAAUGUGGCGCCAUUGAUACCUCCAGAAAGGUCUUUGAUAAAAUGCCACAGAAAAAUGUAGUGUCAUGGAGUGCCAUGGUAGCAGCAUAUGGUAUGAAUGGUCUUCCUAGAGAGGCAUUGGCACUGCUCCCGGAAAUGAAAUUGCAGGGUCUGAAGCCAAACUCUGUGACUACUCUCUCAGCACUAUCUGCAUGUAGUCAUGGAGGGUUAAUUGACGAAGGGUUUACUUUUUUAAAAUCAAUGGUCAACGAGUAUGGGAUUGUCCCCGUGUUGGAACAUUAUUCAUGCGUGAUUGACAUGUUGGGUCGGGCAGGAAAGCUUGACAUUGCAAUGGAAUUGAUUAACCAAAUCCCUGAUGGUCUUAAGGUCGGUGCAAGUGCUUGGGGAGCCUUUUUGAGUGCCUGUAGAAGCUAUGGAAACAGUGAGCUUGGUGCAGGAGCUCUCUCUCAUGUUCUUGAGCUGGAGCCCAAGAACUCAGCAGGAUAUUUGCUUGGAUCAAGCAUGUAUGCUGCUGAAGGAUUAUGGGAAAACGCAAUGAGAAUGAGGCGGUUGGUGAAAGAGAGAGGGCUGAAGGUCUCAGCUGGUUACAGCUUGGUUCAUGUUGGAAACAGGGCUUGUAGAUUUGUUGCAGGGGAUUGCUCCUACCCUGGGUCUCAAGAGAUAAACAUCAUGGUUGAGCAGCUACAUAGUUGCAUGAAUAUUGAAGAAGGGAUUCACUUCGGUGUCCUUGAAUGCUGAAGUAUAUUUGGAUCUUCUCGUCAGCAUGAAUCAUGAUGUUGCGAUGGAAUGAUCUAGUUCAACAAUGACAACGAAUGAUCUAGUUCAAGAAUGACGAGGAUUGAUAUUCGAUACAAUCAGCAAGUAUCUGAUAAUACCUAAAUAUUGCACAGUAGAAAAAGCGUAAAACAACUUAUUGAAAAUUUCCCACAUCAAAACCCUAAUUUCUAUUGGCCAAAAGAAACCCUAAUUUCCCAUAAUAUCAUCUCCACAAAUUCACAAGAAUACGAACCCUACCUACGUGUCGAACCCUAAAACUUCCUCCUGCCGCAAUCCGAAUGGAACCACAAUGGCACGCGGUCUGAAAACGAUGCCGGACCGCACUCCCUCUUCCCACAAGCCCCUUCUCUCCGAUUGCGCCAGGCUCAAAACUCCAACGUCUUCGGAUCCCUAUCCGCUCAAAAAGACCCGGGACCUCCCCGACUUAACCGAAUG